GCUGCGCUUCAAGAUCUGGAAUGAGGCUUUUUGCCCUCGCGUAGUAGAGAUACAUUCGUAGAGGGACGCUAACAACGACUUGACACAUCCGAUAUGGGUGUCGAAUAGCGAUAAUCCGGCGGUCAUGUCCGCCUGCUCCAAGUCCCGCACCCUGGCGCUCGAGCACUUCACGAUUCUCUUACCUGUCUUCAAGUCAGAGCCUAAUACGUCUGUCUCUCGGUACCUAUAUUUCUCUCCGGCUUCCGACCUGCUCGUGUUCAUAGGCGAUGCAGAUCGUAUGCGGCUGUUCGAUAUCUUCCGAACCGUCCAGCAGCAAGAUCCGGCCCACCGGGGGCUGCAGCGCGUGGGGGUGAGCUUGAGCUGUUGGGCGUACAACUUUAAUUACGCGGCCCCGAAUCUCUGGGAGGAGGCCUUCCUUAGAUAUAAACGCCAAUAAGCCAGCAUUCAAUCACAUACGACCAUAGGAUCUGGAAAACUCGGGGUCCCGUCCGCUCCCCCAUCGAUAAGCCAGAUACCGCCGGAUUAGUAGUUGGGUCGGUGACGACCAGCGAAUCCCCGGUGUUGUAUGUUCUUUUUUGCGUUUUUUUUCCUCUUAUUUUUGCCCGUCCCUCUUUUUUUCUUAGCAUUAUAUAGCUUCACCUUAGCCUAGUCCGGUUAAGUGAGAAUCGUAGAAACAUAAGGAGCUCUAUUAGUUCAAAUCUGUAGUAGAUCCGGGUCUCUAUGAGGCUCUAGGGAUAUAUGGUAGGUAGGUAGGUAUUAUUAAGGGGGUAGAAUGAUGUUGAUUUUGUAAAGUUUAGUAUUGAUGGGCAAGGCCCAGUAAUACCAGUGUAGCCAG